AUGUUAGCCAUGGAGAACAGCAAAUAUGUUGCUACUGCUCUCAAUAACAUUGCUGCCCUGAAUUUAUCAGGCACUAUCGACAAAGGUCAGUGGGAAAAAGUUGUGAUGGACUACUUUCUGGAGGACGAUCGUGCCAUGCUGACUCUCUCUGACUCUGAAAAUGAAUCAGACGAUGAGGAAAUCCCUGAUUUAGGUAAAAACAUUUUCAUUGAAGAAGACAUUGUGGAGUCUUCUGACGCAGUGAUGGGGAAGAAACGACGAUCAACAGUGUUGUUGUCAUGGAAGAAAGGUAAGUGCAGUCGGGCUGUCUUCCUUCAGGAAUCUGUGGAGAUUCCUGAAGCACUAAGCCCAGGACAGACCUGUGUUGCCAAUGCCAGAGGAACAACUAAGGUCUUCAGAUUUGCAAAUCUGUCAGAAGCUGUUAAAUCAGCCAAGCUGAAAAAGCACAAGCUCCACUACAGUCUGGACCUUCACUUCCUGAUCAUAGGCCACACCAAGUUUGCCCCCGACUGGAGAUUCGGCCUCAUCAAGCAGAGCUUCAGAAAGACCAUAGUGAACACUUUGUCUGAGAUUGCUGGUGUUGUGAAGGACAGCACUGUGACAGGGCUCAACAUCCCACAGCUGGUUGGACUGGAGGAUGGUACGGUGCUGGUGGAAAGCUAUGGCUGGCAACACCUGACUCCGUACUUCAGGGCACUGCCACAGAUCAAGCAAUACCAGCACUUCAGGCGGAUAACAUUUUCAUUGCAAUCUUCGAUGCUCUGGAGCCUGGUGUUGUUAUCGCCAAGGAGCGUUCGGACUGUCGGGACCAGGCUUCAGCUACUGCUCAAUGCUGACAUCCUUCCUCCCAUAGAUGAUCUGCCUGUACAAGAAACACCUGGACUGGACACAGCUAGAGAAACGUAUCUUUUUGAGAAGAUCAGGGAGUUUUGCGAUGAAGAGGCUGUGGACAUCACAUGCCCUGCACCAAAGUCAAGGGCAGGACAGAAACAGGCUCUCUGAAUAUAGAUUCCCUUGUUCAUGCGUGGUUCGGAUGAACCAGUCAUCAGCACUAUCUCUAGUGCCUCUAUUCACAUGACUCUCUUCUAACACACAGGCCAUACGUUGCUGCUACUAUUUUAUUUAUCUCGCUUCUCAGCCACUUUACCUCUGAUGUGUGCAUUUAACUACCUCGUCUAUCCCUGAUAUCAUUAUUGAUAUUGUUCUUGUACAUACUGUAUAUUAUUUUAUAUAUAUUGACACUAUAUGUUUCUGAUAUUGCUACUAUGCAAGUAACCAUUUCUCUGUACUGUUUACACCUUCUGUAGAGACCCAUCCACUUGGCAAUAUGUGGCUGGGGUUAUAGCAUUCCUUUCACAUGACCGAUCAGUUUAGACAAGUGUGUCUGGGUAAACGUCAUCUAAUAUUGAUAAAAUAUUUUAUCUGGACACUUUCCUGGAAUUUUUCCUUAUUGUAGGCUACUACUUUUAGUCUUCAUCCUUACGGCACUACUCACUGUUUAGCACAUGACAUCACGUGAACCCUUAAAGAGAUGGGUGGAGCUGGCUUAAGAGAGUGUGAGCAAUGCUGAAUGCGUCUAGACAAGGGAGAGUUCUCCAGUAGUAGUACCAAAACAUUCAAAGGCCAUUUUUUCAAAAUGUAGGUUAAAAGUUGAUCAACUUUCAAAGCAGAAUUACUUUCCCAUUGUCCUCAAAAAUGCAGUGCAUGAUAUACCAUUUUGUAGCUCGGUGUCAUCCAAUGUAAAAAACACCAUUUUAAAUUGUGCUAUAUAAGACCAAAUCAAGUGGUUGGUCACAUAUGACUAUACACUGAGUAUACAAACUAUUAAGAACACGUGCCCUUUUCCAUGACAUUACCAGGUAAAUAAGUGAAUCUGAAGGGGAGGAAACAGGUUAAAGAAGGAUGUUCAAGCCUUGAGACAAUUGAGACGUGGAUUGUAUGUGUGCCAUUCAGAGGGUGAAUGGGCAAGACUAAAAAAGUGCCUUUGAACGGGGUAUGGUAGUAGGUGCCAGGAAUUACAAUUUGGUUUGUGCCAAGAACUGAAACACUGCUGUGUUUUUCACGUGCAACAGUUUCCCGUGUGUAUCAAGAAUGGUCCACCACCCAAAGGACAUCCAGCUAACUUUACAACUGUGGGAAGCAUUGGAGUCAACAUGGACCAGCAUCUCUGUGGAAUGCUUUCGACAUCUGUAUUGAGGCCAUUCAUAGGGCAAACGGGGGGUGCAACUCAAUAUUAGGAAAUGUUCCUAAUGUUUGGUAUACUCAGUGUAUAUGGAAAGAGAAGGAUAAGUGAGAAGGAGUGAGAAGAGAUGGGUGGGAUGAGGAGAAAGAGAAUAAUAUUCCAUGGGCCAAGGGGGGCAGCCAGGCUCACUUGGAGUGGCGAUGUUUCAUAGUGAUUUUCUUGAAAGUCUAUUGGUGCUUUCAAGACAACUGGGAACUCUGGGGAAAAAAACGAGGUCAAAUCAUGACAUCAGUGAUUUUCAGGUCGGAGCUCUAGAAAGAUGCCAGAGUUUUCCACCUGAAAUUCAGAGUUGGAUGACCGUUCAAAACGAGUCCUGAGUUCCCAGUUGUCUUGAAUGCACUGAAGUUGAAAGUCAGAGUUUUCUAUGUUCCCAGUUGUUAUGAAUGAGGAAUUAGUCCCUAGAGUUGGAAAAUGUGUGUUAACAUUGCAGCAAUGUCAUAUUUCUCUGUUAUCACUUUUUCUUUCAUCCCUCCAACUUCUGGAGAGAGUUUGCUCCACUGAAAGUAAAGGGGCUGAAUAAUUUUGCACGCCCAAUUUCUCCGUUUUUGAUUUGUUAAAAAAGUUUGAAAUAUCCAAUAAAUGUCG